AUGGAUAUUGAUCUCACUCCAAAAUUGUUGAAGAAAGUGUACGGUGACAAUGGUGGAUCGUAUUACAGUUGGUCACCAUCUGAACUUCCUAUGCUGCGUGAAGGUAACAUUGGUGCUGCCAAGUUAGCUCUUGAGAAGAACGGUUUUGCCACUCCUCGGUACUCCGAUUCUUCCAAAGUUGCAUAUGUUCUUCAAGGAAGUGGAGUUGCUGGAAUUGUGCAACCUGAAUCAGAAGAGAAGGUUCUUGCAAUUAAGACUGGUGAUGCUUUAGCACUUCCUUUUGGUGUUGUGACAUGGUGGUUCAACAAAGAGGACACUGAGUUGGUUAUUUUGUUUCUUGGAGAUACUUCAAAAGCACAUAAGGCUGGUGAGUUCACUGAUUUUUUCCUAACUGGUCCUAACGGAAUCUUUACCGGAUUUUCGACUGAGUUUGUGGGAAGAGCUUGGGACUUGGACGAGACCAAUGUGAAGACCCUUGUUGGGAAACAAACCGGGAAAGGGAUUGUGAAGCUUGACGGAAGCAUCAGCCUUCCUGAGCCUAAAGAUGGAGACAGGAAAGGUAUGGUCUUGAAUUGUCUAGAGGCACCAUUGGAUGUCGAUGUUAAGAAUGGCGGAAGGGUUGUUGUUUUGAACACCAAGAACCUUCCUUUGGUUGGUGAGGUUGGUCUAGGAGCUGACCUUGUGAGGCUUGAUGGAAAUGCCAUGUGCUCGCCUGGAUUCUCUUGCGAUUCUGCUUUCCAGGUUACUUAUGUUGUUAGGGGAAGCGGACGCGUUCAAGUUGUUGGUGUUGAUGGCAAGAGGGUUUUGGAGACUACUUUGAAGGCUGGAAAUUUGUUCAUUGUCCCAAGGUUUUUCGUCGUCUCCAAGAUUUGUGACCCCGAGGGAAUGGAGUGGUUUUCUAUCAUCACUACUCCUAAUCCCAUCUUUACACACAUGGCUGGAAGUUCUUCGGUGUGGAAGGCAUUAUCAUCACUACAACACGGAAGGGCU